CCGACCCAGAUAAACCCCAGGAAGGCGCUGAGACCUUUCUAUGGCAGUCAGUUUACACUGUCGGGAAUCAACGGGCUGAGAGAGGGAGGGCCCACCGGAAGCGUCAGAAAUCUUUAGCCCCGGUUCCCUUUGCUGCAGACGGUGAUCACGUGACAGCUGAGGAUCCCAAUGAUUUAUACAGGGGAGCUAAUACAUCGCUAUAUCUCACAGUGAAUGAGAGGGGCCUAGUCACGUGACACUUCCUACAGCCUGUCUCAUCAUUACUCGCCUUUCACUUAGGUGUGCAGUAAAUCUAUGGGCCCAGGUUCCUGGUUCCAGCAAAAUGUGACUACUAAUUUAAAGCCCAGAUGUGUUAUGAGAGUACAAACUAGACAAGGCAAAGGAAAAGAUCAAGAUAAGCCAGAUGUGAAGAUAUUUAGAGCUCAAUCACCGGCAUCAGUACAUUCCCCAUCGAGAAGUCCAAAAAACAAUGCUUUGUUGGAGGCUGCCGGACCCAGCCAUGUGGCUAUCAAUGCCAUCUCUGCAAACAUGGACUCGUACUCAAGCAGCAGAACUGCUGCCCUCAAGAAGCACCCGAUGCACAUGGAAGCUACACAUUUUGGAGAUCUUGGUCGAUCCUGUCUGGAGUAUGAGGCCCAAGACACAAAGUCCAACCUUUCCAAGACCCUGGAACAGGUGCUACAAGAUAACGUGGCUCUCCUAUAUUUUAUCCAGUUUAUGGAACUCAGGAGAAUGGAACAUUUGGUGAAAUUCUGGCUGGAAGCUACAAGUUUUCACUCCACUACGUGGUCUAGGAUAAGAGCGUUCAGUUUAAACACCGUCAAGCACAGCUCAUUGGCAGAACCAGUAUCACCUUCUCUAAAAAGACCAGACUUGUCUGUAGCUUCUGUAGAUGAGCAGACCCAGGAUUUCUCUAAAAUACCACAUCAUACAUCUAGAUUGAAAGGACCAGACAUGGGGGCAAAACAGAACAAUGCUUCUAACCAUUUGGGAACUAAACAGAAGAUAGCAGGCCUGCCAAGUAUCCAUCUUGAACUGUGCCCUGAUCAAACUGUGCCCAAUAAUGAGCAGUCUUCCAUGCAUACCACGUCCGCAAACAACACUCCCACACAUACAGGAAUUAAAGAUAUGUCUCAGAAGCUUAUGAAGAGUAUAGAGCGAGAUGCUGUUCACACUUUCACCAAAUACAUUUCUCCAGAUGCUGCUAAACCUAUCCCAAUCAGCGAGGAAAUCCGAAGCGAUAUUGUUGCUAAGAUUUGUGGGGAAGAUGGCCAAGUGGAUCCCAACUGCUUUGUUACAGCACAGUCCAUUGUGUUCAAUGCCAUGGAACAAGAGCACUUUCCAGAAUUUCUGCGCAGUCACCAUUUCUGUAAAUACCAGAUUGAGGUCCUAACCAGUGGAACCGUUUAUCUGGCCGACAUCCUCUUCUGUGAAUCAGCGCUCUUCUACUUCUCAGAGUACAUGGAGAAAGAAGAUGCAGUAAAUAUAUUGCAGUUCUGGUUGGCAGCAGAUAACUUCCAAUCUCAACUGGCUGAUAAAAAUGGGCAGUAUGAUGGGCAGGAAGCGCAAAAUGAUGCAAUGAUCUUAUAUGAUAAGUAUUUCUCCUUACAAGCUACUCUUCCCCUGGGCUUUGAUGACUCUGUACGACUGGAAAUUGAAUCGAACAUUUGUAGGGAAGGGGGCCCACUCCCAAACUGCUUCACUACUCCAUUACGGCAGGCCUGGACCACCAUGGAAAAGGUAUUCUUGCCUGGUUUCCUUUCCAGCAAUCUCUACUACAAGUACUUGAAUGAUCUCAUCCACUCAGUGCGAGGUGAUGACUAUAGCUGGAGUGGAGCAGGGAAUCCAAGUCAGGGGGCGCAAGGCACUCCGAAUCACACACACUAUAUGAGCUCUGCAGAUAAUCCUGCCUCCCAGUCUGGAUUCAAAAAGAGCAAUGUAAAAAUACUGAAAAACUUUGAUGAAGCAAUAAUUGUUGAGGCUGCAAGUCUAGAUCCUGAAUCCCUAUACCAACGAACAUAUGCAGGGAAAAUGUCUUUUGGUACAGUCAGUGACUUGGGACAGUUUAUUAGAGAAGCUGAGCCUGAGCCGGAUGUGAAGAAAUCUAAAGGUUCAAUGUUCUCUCAAGCUAUGAAGAAAUGGGUCCAAGGAAACUCUGAUGAGGCCCAAGAAGAAAUGGCUUGGAAGAUUGCAAAGAUGAUUGUAAAUGAUGUUAUGCAACAGGCAGAGCGGAGUCCUGCUCUAGAGAAGUCUACAAAGGUUGGAUACAGUACUCCGUAGAUGUAUGAUAAUAUAAAGAAGCCUGGCUGAAUGCGUCUGUUGUAUCUGGGAUAAAGUUUUUGCUUCACUCAUGGAUUGAGGAAGAAGAAGAAGAAGAAGAAGCAAUGUAACUUGUGCCGCUGGGUUUUGGUGUUCCAGAACAAUAUAAAGAGAAAAGGAAGCCUCCCCUCAGAUCCCUCAGACAGAUCUCUUAUCCCUUGCAUUCAUUUUUUUCGCAGACUUUGCACAAGUGCACAUUGCAUCUGCUGUUAUGAAGGUUUUUAUUGAAAUGAAGUGCGAAACUGGUGCAA